UGCACCCGCCGCACAUGCGGAGCCAGCGCACCACCCCCUAUGCGCCUUGGACGAUAUGUCACCAGUACUCAGAUCUAAUCCACUAUACAGGGAGGAAGAGGAGCAGGAGGUAGUGAUAAUAGUGGACUCGCUGGAGGAGCCAGCGGAGCCGGAGCCUGCAGGUGCCCCCCGUGUGCCCCGCCGUGCACCCUCCACUUCUUCAGGGUACGGUAGCGGCGGCGGCAGUGCGGGGCGUGUGUCACCAACCUUACCAAAGAUAGAGUACACGCCGGAUCUGUCCCGCGACGCCGACACGGAACGCUCACCUGCUUCAGACUCAGAUUGCGACAAGUCAGGCUCACGCGUCUCAGAGUCCACCUCAGAUGACAGUCCUGACUGCACGCUCUCCAGAAGCCUCAAAGACGACAUAAGAGCCUGUUUAGGUGGAUGCAGAUGGGACAAAGAGGUGAGCGAGUUGGUUGCGGCGGCAGCGCGAGGGUCCGGCGGCGUGAGCGCGGCAAGAGCACGGCUGCACGCAGCAUUGCGUGCGCUGCACGAGAUUCCCGCACUACCCCCGGCACCUGCACACCCCGCUACGCCAUACUGCGGGCCCGGCGUACGCCCCGGUGACGUCACUAUGCGUCCCAAGCACGAAAUGUCCCUAUUGGCCGCCAGCGCUCUGUUCACGCUAGAUGGCGCCAGGGGUGAGAUUCUCGCGCGACGAUUGGCUCGAGGUGAGCGUCGUCGACGUCGAUGCCGUGCCGUGCUCGCGGUGACCGCACUGUUGCUGCUACUGGCCGCCGUAUGCGCUGUUGAGCUGCUCAUGUCACGAGGGCAGAGGGUCUUUGGAGCUGUGCUGCGUUGAAUGGUCAGCACUU